AUGGUUCUCGCCGUUGAUCUUCUGAACCCCUCCGCGGCCACCGAGGCCAAGAAGCACAAGCUCAAGACUCUGGUCCCCGCCCCCCGAUCCUUCUUCAUGGACGUCAAGUGCCCCGGCUGCUUCGUCAUCACCACCGUCUUCUCCCACGCUCAGACCGUCGUCAUCUGCCAGGGCUGCACCACCGUCCUGUGCCAGCCUACCGGUGGCAAGGCCAGACUCACCGAGGGCUGCUCUUUCCGAAGAAAGUAA